CAAACCACCUACCAAACAGUAGCUAGCUUUCCAUUCAGGAAGAAACGGGUCUGAUUAGCUUAGCAAGCCUACAUUGCUAAAAUCUUUAUAGUGCAAAAAUGGCGUCUGUGAACCCGUUUAACCUCAGUGAUUCUGAGGAAGAAGCUGAACGACGGCCUAAUGAAAGUGUUGACACAGAGAGAAGCCCGAGUGACGGGGCUCCGGGGCCGCCGCUGGGAAACCCCGAGCCUCCGACGCUGCUGCUGUCAAGCACCCGGACCAGCCCCAGCGGAGACGGCAUCGCUGUCCCGGCUGCAGCCACCUCCGCUAUGGCAGGCAGCGCCGACACACGGGUAUCUGUGGAUGUUAUUGCUGCUCAGCUUUUACGGGACCAGUACAUCCUGACGGCCCUGGAGCUUCACACUGAACUGUUGGAGGCAGGCAGGGAGCUUCCGAGGCUAAGAGAUUAUUUCUCCAACCCUGGCAACUUCGAGCGACAGAGCGGCACCCCGCCGGCCAAAGACCAGGUACUCGGACCUGGAGGACCACUGAAUCGAGCAGGCAGCAUCAGCACCUUGGACUCUCUGGACUUUGCCCGAUACUCAGAUGACGGCAACAGAGAAACGGACGAGCGGGUGGCAGUGCUGGAGUUUGAGCUACGGAAAGCAAAGGAGACCAUUCAGGCUCUGCGCGCCAACUUGACUCAGGCAGCAGAGAGCGAGGUGCCCUCUCAGGAGAGGAAAAACUUCAAGUCGAGCCCUGAAAUUCAGGAGCCCAUACGCCCGCUGGAGAAAAGAGCCUUAAACUUCCUUGUGAAUGAAUAUUUAUUAAAGAAUGAAUACAAACUCUCAGCCAUCACCUUCUCGGAUGAAAAUGAUGAUCAGGACUUUGAGUUAUGGGAUGAUGUCGGCCUCAACAUCCCCAAACCCCCGGAUUUGCUGCAGCUCUACAGGAAUUGUGGUACGCCCCUCCCCUCUCCUCGGGACACGGUGGAUGUGUCAGUAGGGGUCGAUUUUGGUGAUUUUCCAGGCAACUGCUUCCCCCAAGAUCCCCCCAAAAAGCCCGACCUCUCACAACAGCAACAGGCAGAAAUGGUGGAGGAGUUGGAGUAUCAGAUCAGCCUCCUCAACAACGAGAAGCAGAGCCUGGCUGAGCAAAUCAAGAAACUGCAGAGUGAGAUUCAGACACUGAAGAGGUCUGUCUCCUCCCCUCCUCCGGCCACUCUGGACCUGGGCUCCCAGAAUUCAAUGAACCCCUCCUCCUCCUCGUCAGCCAUCGCUUCCUGCACUGACCAUCACUCAGUGCCUCCAACAGAUAACGGCCAGUAUCUGGACAUCCGGGGGGUUUCAGACGCUGAAACUGUCCCAUCCUCCAACUCUACUCAGAGCCCCUCACAGCCUCACCCACAGCCCCACAACAAGCUUAGAAGUCGACCUCCGGUCCAAUUUGAUCAACCUAACAGGAAGUUAUCCCCGGCCUUCCAGCAAGCCCUGCUGUCCUUCUGCAGAAUGUGCUCUGACAGCCGCCUAGGAGCAGAGGUGUCCCGUAUAGCAGACAGCGAGGAGAGUGUGAUGUUAAUGCUUGGCCGCUGUCUCCCUCACAUCGUCCCCAACGUCCUUCUGGCAAAAAGAGAGAGAAUGGUUGCACAUCUUUGCCAGGAGUUGAUACCACUCAUCCUGUGCACCGCCUGCCUUCACCCAGAGCCUAAAGAGAGAGAUCAGCUCCUCCACAUCCUGUUUAACCUAAUCAAGAGACCCGAUGAUGAGCAGAGGCAAAUGAUCUUGACGGGGUGUGUUGCGUUUGCAAGACACGUGGGCCCCACACGGGUUGAGGCUGAACUACUUCCUCAGUGCUGGGAACAGAUUAACCACAAAUAUCCGGAGAGGAGAUUGUUGGUGGCGGAGUCCUGUGGAGCCUUAGCACCAUACCUGCCUAAGGAGAUCCGUAGCUCGUUGGUGUUGUCCAUGUUGCAGCAGAUGCUCACUGAGGACAAGGCUGACAUGGUUAGAGAAGCAGUGGUCAAGAGUCUGGGUAUUAUCAUGGGUUACAUAGAUGACCCUGACAAAUACUCCCAGGGUUUUGAGCUGAUGCUGCUGUCACUUGGGGACCCAUCAGAGCGGGUGGUCAGUGCCGUCCAGCAGGUCUUCAUUCCUGCCUUUGCUGCCUGGACUACAGAGCUGGGCACUCUGCACACUGCACUCAUCCCGUCUCUGCUGGCCCGUAUAGAGAAACUGCUUAUGCAAGGAGAACAUGGUCUGGACGAACACAAGCUGCACAUGUUCCUGUCGGCCCUGCAGUCACUCAUCCCUCCUCUGUUUGCUGUGGUGCUGCAGAACGCACCGUUCACCAGCAGAGCCAAACUCCAUGGAGACAUUCCUGCAAUAGAGGUGACCCGGUUCCCCAGACCAGUCUCUCCGCUUCAGGAUGUGGCGACCAUCAUCGGCAGCAGGGAGAUGCUGAGUGCACUGCUGCUUCUCUACGACCACCAACUGGAGCAUGAAGGCACCACGGGAUGGGACAGCUUGCUUUGGGUCGUCAACCAACUCCUCCCUCAGCUCAUAGAGAUCGUCGGUCGAAUCAAUGUUACGUCAUCAACAUGCGUACACGAGUUCUCGCGCUUCUUCUGGAGGUUCUGUCGCACCUUUGGCAAGAUUUUUACCAACACUAAGGUUAAACCUCAGUUCCAAGAGAUCCUGCGUCUGUCAGAAGAGAAUGUUGAUGUUUCAGCAGGAAACGAUAUUCUCACCAAAGCCACAGUCCCCAUCUAUGCCACUGGAGUGCUGACUUGCUAUAACCAGGACGAGGACCGUAAGUUAUUGGUGGGCUUUCUAGAGGACGUCAUGACAACACUGUCCUUGUCCCAUGCACCUCUGGACAGCCUGAAGGCCUCCUUUGUUGAGCUGGGCGCCAACCCGGUGUAUCAUGAGUUGUUGCUGACCGUCCUGUGGUACGGGGUAGUCCAUACCUCUGCACUGGUCCGGUGUACUGCAGCGCGGAUGUUUGAGUUGGUUCUCCGAGGCAUGAGUGAAGCAUUAGUAGAUCGCCGGGCGGCUCCGGCGCUUAUAACACUGUGCAGUGGCCCUGAAUUCUCGGUCAGGAUAUCCACAAUCCCCGCCUUUGGUACCAUCAUGGAGACGGUCACACAGAAAGAGCUGCUAGAGCGUGUGAAGAUGCAGCUAGCAUCGUUCCUGGAAGACCCUCAGUACCAGGACCAGCACUCUUUGCACAUGGAAAUCAUCAGGACAUUUGGAAGAGUCGGGCCCAAUGCAGAGCCACGCUUCAGAGACGAAUUUGUGUUGCCACAUCUUCACAAGCUGGCACUCGCUAACAACAGCCAGGCGGUGGAAAGCAAGAGGAUCGACAUCGCCACCCAGCUGUUUGAGGCCUACAGCGCCCUCUCCUGCUGCUUCAUAUCAGAGGAGGUGAUGGUCAACCACUUCCUGCCUGGCCUCAGGUGUCUCCGUGCUGACAUGGAGCAACUUUCCCCAGAACACGAGGUUAUUCUGAGUUCUAUGAUCAAAGAGUGUGAAAUCAAAGUGGAAAACAGAGGAAUGGCAGAUGCACAAGGCUCUGUCUCCAUCGCCUCCAGUCUGGUGGGUGAGGACGCAAAGACCAAGUUCCUGAGCAAAAUGGGUCAGCUGACCACCUCCGGCGCCAUGCUGGCCAACGUCUUUCAGAGAAAGAAGUGAACACUGACUGAUCGACCACUGCUACGUGCUGACGAUGCCCCGCUGUCUACCGGAGCAUUUCAUUGACUGGACAAGAACUGGUUCAACUGCAGUAGAAGAAAAUUGUGUUGUCGGUUCAAUUUCAAGAAACGGAGUUUUGCUGAUAGUUGUGUUGAUUUAAAUCUUCAUAGCAGAAGGACUACACGCUCUUUAAAAGUUACCAGCAAUGUUUUUUGCAGUGAAAAGCUGAGGUCGUCACCUCUGCAUCCAUCAUGGUUUACUGUGAUGAAAGAGUUAUCAAGGACUUCAUGAAUCCAUGUUCACAUUGUCAUUUCAGAGCGAGAGGAGAGAAGGAGAGAGGGAUACAAUGAACAGUAUUGAGAUUCACCCAAAGAGAUAACAGUGGACUUGAUUCCUGGACAUUUCUGGACUACAUGAAAGUAUCAUGGGAUUUAAUUUCAGUGCAGCACUACUUGUAUCUGAGAGGAACACUCUGAGCAUCGCCUGCUGGAUUUUUAGACAUUUUAAAAUGUCACUUUUUGGAGGGAAAAGUUGUACGACAGAUGUGUUGAUUUGCAUUUGCUGUAGAAUAUUUGUCCUGAAAGACGACAAGAUGGUUGUAAAGAAUGCCUCGUGCAGUCAAUCUGUACGGCUCCGAUGUAUUGCCUACUUGAAGUUAUAAAAAAAAAAACAAGUCUUGCCUUUAUUUCUUCAAAGUCUGUCUCUGGUUUAUGUUUUGAUAGCUUCUAUUUUAUAACUUAUUUAUGUCUUAAUGAAGGAUAAACAUACCUUUUUUUUUUCCAAACUUCCAAAGAAAUUUGCACUUCACUUUGCUGUUUUGUUCUGCAUUCUAAGUAUGUAUAUUUGUUUUAAUUCAGAGUUUAAUGAACAUUAUCACUACGGUGAAUGGAACUGCUUUUUUGGUUGGUCCAUUUCGACACUGAUAAUAAUGAUUCCCUCUCUGUGUGUCGCAUCUCGUCUCUUUGUGUUGCGGUGUCUCUGAUAAUUGUAUGUUUUUCUAAAGUGGGUAUUUGGUUCUUUUUUUGGUUUCGUUGUAUUUCAAUAUGCUCUGAGGAAAAACAGUAAAUAUCUGUAUCAUACACUGUACCCAGGAGGACGGUACUCAUUAUGUAUAUUUGAAAAUUGGUGUCAUGGUGUAAUAAAAGAUGAAGAACA